UCAACCACAAAUGAACCCACAAAACCAUAUACAAAGAGUCUCAGUAUCUCAAUCACAAAAAACUCUAACCCCUCCAAAAAUUUUACCAAAUCUGCCAUUCUCAACUGCAUCAAAACUUCAUCAAUAGAAUGGCAACAGUUACGAUGCAGGCUUCUUUGGGGGCAUUGAGACCAUCCAUUACCAAGUCAAGGUUCCUUAGUGGCUCCAAUCCAAACAGGCUCACAGCCAGGGACAUUUCGAGUCGGACCGCUUCUGCGCCUGGCAAUUCUUUCAAAGUCGUCGCGAAGAAGGGUGAGUGGCUUCCGGGCUUGGCCUCUCCAGGGUAUCUCACUGGAAGCCUCCCAGGAGACAACGGAUUUGACCCACUUGGUCUUGCCGAGGACCCCGAGAACCUCAAGUGGUUUAUCCAAGCCGAGCUGGUGAAUAGUCGAUGGGCCAUGCUUGGAGUAGCUGGAAUGAUAUUACCUGAAGUGUUCACUAAGAUCGGUAUCAUCAAUGUCCCCCAGUGGUAUGAUGCAGGAAAAUCGGAGUACUUCGCCUCUUCUUCGACACUGUUUGUGAUAGAGUUCAUAUUGUUUCACUAUGUUGAAAUAAGGAGAUGGCAGGACAUUAAGAACCCAGGGAGUGUGAACCAAGACCCCAUCUUCAAGAACUACAGCCUUCCCCCCAACGAGGUCGGCUACCCAGGAGGCCCCUUCAACCCCCUCAAUUUUGACCCGACUGAAGAGGCCAAGGAGAAGGAGCUUGCCAAUGGGAGACUAGCUAUGCUUGCAUUCUUGGGGUUCAUUGUCCAAUACAAUGUUACUGGAAAGGGUCCAUUUGAGAAUCUACUCCAGCACCUAUCAGACCCAUGGCACAACACCAUAGUCCAGACACUCAGGGGAUAAUGCAAUAGUAUUGAUGGGUUAAGGGAUUUAUCUCUCUUGUUUUCUUUUUGUGUAUGUGUGUGUGCGUGCGUGCGUGUGUGUGCCUGUUUGUGUGUGUGUGUUUGUAUUCAUGGGAUAAAUGGGCAUAGAGAGCAAUGAGCUUCAAUCUUCCUUUCACACCUUGAAUGUACAGGGCAACCACCAACCUCCAUGGAAUUGUAUCAGUUUCAUUGCACUCAUGUUGUAUAACUACCAAGUACAACAGCAUUAUUAUCCUAAUCCUGUUUAUUUUUCAA